AUGUCUCCGUAUGCAUUGGUAUUUGGUAAAGCAAGUCAUUUGCUAUUGGAGCUGGAGCAUAAAGCGUUGUGGGCGGUGAAGAAGCUUAACUUUGAUUUAAAAGCAGCAAUGGAAGCAAGAAAGCUACAACUGGUCGAGCUUGAUGAGUGGAGAACGCAAGCUUAUGAAAAGGCUAAAAUAUACAAAGAACGAGCAAAACGAUGGCAUGACAGCAGGCUAUGCGGUAAAAAUCUCUAUGUUGGACUAAAGGUCUUACUCUUCAAUUCACGGCUACGGCUCUUUCCGGGCAAGUUAAAGUCGCGCUGGUCCGGACCCUUUAUCAUUAAAGAAAUAUUCCAGCAUGGUGCGGUUGAGCUGAUUACUGAGGAUGGGACCCGUACAUUUAAAGUUAAUGGGCAACGAGUCAAGGCAUAUUGCGAGGGUGAUUUUCAGUGA